AUGAGGAUUCUCGUUACAGGAGGACAGGGCCGUCUUGGCAAAAUAAUCGCUCAGCACCUGCACGACAAUGGUCAUAAGGUGGUCGUCACAGACACUGUUCCACAAUACAAUCUUGCAACACAUCGUCCUUCGUAUCCUUAUGUCAGAGCAAAUUUAGUAGAUUUUGGAGAGACCAUCCAAGUCUUGAGCCACUGCGAUCACAUUGCUUCGGCCCCUUUCGAUGCUGUGGUGCAUCUUGCUGCUAUCCCAGCUCCUGGCUUAACGACGAAUUCCGUGGUGUUUCAGACAAAUAUGAUGUCGACGUACAAUGUAUUCGAGGCUUGUCGACAAUUGAAGAUCAAGAACAUUAUCUAUGCAAGCUCAGAGACUGUCCUUGGAAUUCCAAUGUGGCUUCCAGGAACGACGCCAUCUUCAGUCCCAGUUGAUGAAUCCAUCGAACUACCAGAGAGCUCCUAUUCUCUGUCCAAGUACCUGUCUGAGAAGAUGGCAGAACAAUACGCAAGACGAGACCCAGACCUCAAGAUCUUGGGAUUCAGAUUUAGUAAUGUUAUCACAGCCGAAGAAUAUGCAACUUUUGAUAGUUUCUCUGUGGAUGCCGCUUCCGUCAUGUCGAGAGCAUGGAACUUUUGGGGUUAUAUAGACGCUCGAGAUGCAAGUGAUGCCGUGUUAAAAGGAUUGACUGCACCAAUAAAAGGCGCUGAAGUGUUCAUCAUCGCCAACGAGGAUACAUGUAUGAGGAUUCCAAACUCUGAGUUGCUGAAAACGUACUUUAAUGGCAAAGUCACUCUGAAGCCUGGAACUGGAGAAUUCGAGACUCUUCUGUCUAUAGACAAGGCAAAGAGGAUGCUUGGAUACAAACCUCAGCCUACAAGAUGGCGUAAAAGUAAAUUGUAA